UUUUUCGACGUUUUCGGAUUUCCGAAGUUCUUCUUCAGUGCGACCUCUCCAGCCAAGAGAGCUGCUGCAGGUCAUGGCGGAGCAUCCAAAGCUCGGCAUUCGGACCAACAGGAUCUGCUGCAUCGGCGCGGGCUAUGUGGGGGGCCCCACUAUGGCCACCAUCGCCCUGAAGUGCCCCCACCUCCAGGUGGAUAUUGUGGACAUGAACGAGGAGCGCAUCAGCCGUUGGAAUUCUGACGACUUGCCCAUCUACGAGCCUGGCCUGGGGGAGGUGGUAAAGGCCUGCAGGGGCAAGAACCUCUUCUUCUCCACCGACGUCAAGAAGGGCGUGGAGGAAGCAGACAUCAUUUUUGCCUCCGUGAACACGCCCACCAAGACCCAGGGCGUGGGCAAGGGCCGCGCCGCAGACCUGCGCUUCAUCGAGAGUGUGGGCCGUACAAUUGCGCAGUUCGCGAACCGCAGCAAGAUCGUCAUUGAGAAGUCCACCGUGCCCAUCAAGACGGCGGAGGCCAUUGCGCGGGUGUUGUCGGCCAAUGAGGCAGCGAGUGGCAGCAGGAAGAACUUCUGGAUCCUCUCCAACCCGGAGUUCCUAGCGGAGGGCACUGCCAUGGCAGACCUGGACCAGCCGGACCGCGUGCUCAUCGGCGGCCAGGAUCAGGAUGCCAUCGGGGUCUUGGUGGACAUCUACGCAAAUUGGGUGCCCAGGGAGAGGAUCCUCUGCACCAACCUCUGGAGCUCCGAGCUUUCCAAGCUGGUGGCCAACGCCUUCCUCGCCCAGCGGGUCAGCAGCAUCAACUCCAUCUCCAGGCUCUGCGAGCGCACGGGGGCGGAUGUGAAGGAGGUGUCCCGCGCUGUUGGCGCAGAUACGCGCAUUGGGCCCAAGUUCCUGAACGCCUCUGUGGGCUUUGGCGGCUCGUGCUUCCAGAAGGACAUUUUGAACCUGGUUUACAUCUGCCAGCAGUUCGGCUUGGAAGAGGAAGGUGCCUAUUGGCAGCAGGUUGUGGAUAUGAACGACCACCAGAAGGUCACCUUCACUAGUAAGAUCAUCCAGGCCUUGUUCAACACUGUCACGAAGAAGAAGAUCGCUGUCUUUGGCUUUGCCUUCAAGAAGGACACCGGGGAUGUGCGAGAGACCCCGGCUUUGUUGGUGUGUGACAUGUUGAUGAAGGACGGCGCCAUCGUCCACGUCUACGACCCCAAGGUGGCCAUCGAGGAUGCCCUGCAGGAGUUCAAGUAUCACGACCUGGAGGUGAACCAGAGUCAGUUCAUCUUCAGCACGAGUGCAGAGGAGGCAUGCGACGGCGCCCAUGCCAUUGUGGUCCUUACAGAGUGGGACGAGUUCAAGAAGUAUGACUAUCAGAAGUUCUAUUCGAAGAUGAUGAAGCCAGCCUUCCUCUUCGAUGGCCGGAACAUGCUCGAUCAUGCAGGCCUUGAGAAGAUCGGCUUCGAGGUGCAUGCGCUGGGCAAGGCCCGCGUGGCGACAGAACACCACCACCAGGACUUUGUGAUGCGCGCGGGCAGCAAACCCCUGGGCACAAGUUAGCUACAUACCAAGGCGGCAUCCUGGGUUCAGCUGGCUACAGCUGAGCGCAGCCGGUCUUGCGGGUUGAGCGGAUCUUUAAACCACCGCGGCCCUCCCGGAGGACAAGGUCCGAGGUGAAUGGCGCGCACAGGCUCCAAGCGUUAGAGAGG